CCCCCAGCUUAGGCAACUGCCUGGGGCAGACGGUGAGUACCCGGCGCAGCAACAGUCCGCGCGGACCCGUUACGAGCAGCCCGUCAAAAGCGCGAGGCUGGUUUCUGCCCGUGACGUCAGUAACAGCGAGCUAAGCAACCCAAGAACCAGAACCGAACAGAGAUGUUCUUAGCUGAUCCACCAUCCACUUGCCUUUCCUCUACAGUGCACUACAUGGUUUGUGAAGCUGGAUUUGAGAUGAAAGCAAGCUAUGCUGUCAGUAGCGUUAUAUGCAGCACUGGUGAAAUAGAUUGGGGAUUCAUCGCAAAACAAGUACAAUAUGGAGAGCAAGAUUCAACACUGGAUUAUAUCAAAAGUGUGAGAUCUCUAGGUCCCUUAUGUGAAUCUAUUCACUUACAUUUGAAAUCACUUACAGUGGAGCAAUUUGAAAACCAGUUUGUGAUGUGGCUUCAAUGGACAAACUGCUCAGAGAUAUUUCUUGAAAUGUUUGAUACUGUAAGAAGUCCAUGUGAUGCAGCAGUUGCACUCAGUUUAAUGAAGCUUACAUCAUGUUUGGAACGUGCCUUGGGUGAUGUAUUCUUAUUAAUUGGGAAAGAUUGUCCUUUUCUUCUAAGAGAUUUGCUUGCAUCUCAGGAACUUGUUUCUAUCUUUGGGCAACCAGUGAUGGAUAUUCUGAAGGUGUUUAUUGGCUCUCCAGAUGGUCUAAAUCUUCGUAAUAUUUUGUGGCAUGGAUUUGUAUCAGCUGAAGAAAUUCCUGUCAAAUAUUUCUCUAUGCUACUUUUUUUAACAGCUGGAUUGGGGCAACUGCUUAAUAAUUACUGCCUUCAGACUCAGUCUACUUUAGUUCAUCGGCCUUAUGUAUCUUUCACUAAUCUGAAAGAGCUACAUAUUUUUCCAGAUCUUAAUCACAAACUCUUGUCACUGGCUGGAGAAUUAGUAACAAAAUCCAAUAUUGUACUGAAGACCAUGUUACCUUUUUGGACUGCUGCAAUAACUUCAUUCCAGCAGGGAAGGUAUGCAGACUGUGUUAUUUUGCUACUUCCUCAGCUGGAAGGUGGGCUUAGAGUACUCUUCACAGCAGUUAAUAAAUGUCCAAGCAGACUAAUGACAGCUGAGUCAUCUUCUCUAUAUACCACUUUUGAUGAAAUACUAGCAAAACAGUUGAAUAAUGAAGAAAUGAAUCAGCUCCCCAUAGUCCUUGGUGAAUCAGCGAUGGAAUUUUUUUGGGAUUUUUUGAACCAUCAAGAAGGUCCACGUGUUAGAGACCAUCUGAGCCACGGAGAGAUCAUCUUAAGUCACUUCCCAAGAGAAAUAGCAAAUUCAAUGCUUUCAUUUUCUAUUACUCUCCUCUGCAGAUUUUCACAGGAUGACUUGGCUGCCAUUAAGGACCAUGAAUUCUUAAAACUGCUAAUGACCUGUGCAAAUAAUUAUUGUACCAAGUUUCAUCCAAUAACUCAGCUUAAGAAACAGAUACUGAACUGCAUAAAAAGUAUCACCUCAUGGCCAGAUUUUCCUGUAGUGUCUGAAGAGCAAGAUAAGGAAAUGACAGGGUCAGGAAAAGAUACUGCCCCUUGUAUUCUUCUGAUCAGUGAUAUUUCCUCUCAACUGCAACCCUACUUGUCUGUGAAUGUUACACUGUUAGGUGAUCCUGUGAACAAUCUGCUAACUGAGAAGUUGCUGACUGAACUUUGUAGCAAGCACAUUCAUACUCUUUUCUGUCCACGAUCUGUCCUGGAAAUCAUUGUGGUGCUUCGCCAAAUAAGCACGCAGUGCCAUCAUGUGUCAUGUCAAGUCAUUUCAGUUUGUGAAACCAGAUAUAAGCAGUGGAUAAACAAGUCACUGAGAUCACGCCAACGGCUUAACUUCCUGCGCAUGAGAAGAAGUAUUAAAUUUCUAUCUCCAGUUUUGCAACUAGUUUUAAUCCUGAUUACCCUGGAGCUAGUGAACAUUCAUACGAUUUGCAAAAAAACCACUUUUGAAUAUCAACAGUACUUAAAGUUUCUCAAAUUGAUUUUGCAGUAUAUUGAGAACUUGGCAACUUACACAAGUCCAGAAAAAAAUAAAUGGGAUGAAACCAUGGUGCUUACACACAAAUCACUGAUAAAAAUCAAAACUUUUGUAGGAAGAGAAUUGAUGCUUGUACAGCUAGCUGAAACAAAGAACAUAAUUAGUCCUCAUCAAAAUUCUGUAGGUUUAACUUAGACAUUUCUCAUUUUUCCCCAGUUUAUACAGAUCAAAGUUGGCAAAAACUACAUGCAUAUGUUCUCCAAUGCAGUGGGUGUAUAGAUGUGAGUAUGAGAGAGAUUUUCUGGGCAAAAAAAUAAAAUUUGUAGCAAAGCCACUAUUACCUUUUGAAUGCGAAUGAAUGAAUGAAUGAAUGAAUGAAUGAAUGAAUGAAUGAAUGA